AUGACCAAAAAUUGUACGGUUUCAUUAUUAUAUGUUCUGGGAAUUGGUAAAAUAUCAAUAUUGUUAUUUCAAAAAGAACGUUUAUAUCGUUUGAUUAAUAUAGUCUUGGCGACAGAGCAAAGUGUUUGCGAUCAUGGUUCACCGGUGUUAAUUAAAAUUUUUGAUAAAUAUUGUUAUCAAUCACGUUGGGUUACAAACAUCCCCCAUACAGAACUAUUUUUAUCGGGACCAUCUUACGUAAAAUAUCCGAACGGAACGGCAACGAAUAUUAUUCGAAAACCAUUUGUGUUUAGCUCAUGGUUUCCAUUUAACGAUAAUGAAACACCAGGUUAUGAAAUUGCAUUUAUAAUUCAUAUAAUUUCGGGAAAUGUUGGUGGAUGGACGUCAGCAAUUGCAAAUACACAUAAUUAUGCAAUGAUGGUGUUUGCAGCUGGACAAUUAAAAAUUUUACAAAAUAAAUUGGAGAAUUUAGGUAAUCUAAGAGUAUGGUUUAAUCCUGUUAUGUUUUUGGAAUUACUCGUGUGUUCAAUAAUGUUAUGCGCAAUUUUGUAUCAAGUAACAAUUCAAGAUUUUAAUGUUCGCUUAUUUUUUACUGUCGAAUAUUUGAUAGCAAUGAUCAUUGUUUUAUUUAUUUCAUACUGGCAUGCAAAUGAAGUUUUGGUUGAGAGUCUCAAAGUAGCAGAUAGCGUUGGUAUCUCAAGUUGGUAUACAUUUGAUAACAAAUCGAAACAUUUGUUGCGACUAAUUUUAAUGCGGUCACAGAAGCCAUUAGUUUUAACAGCUGGGCCAUUUCAUAAGAUGUCCUUGGAAACGUUUUUGGAUAUUUUAAAGGCGUCUUUCACAUAUUUAACCUUACUCAGGAUAGUUUACGAAGAAGAGUAAAUUUAGGAAUUUACCUCAAAAUAUUUGUAGAUAUCUAGGUAAUCUAUACAAACAUAGAAUACAUAGAAUCAAGCAGGAGUUCAGUAGUAUUAGUGAAUAUUGUAAAUGAAAUGAAGC